UGAAAUUGUAAACAAAACCGGUGACACAUUGAACUACGUACACACACGUUUACAGAAAUUAAUCAUCAAAUAAAAGUUAAUUUUAUUUAACUAAAUAAAAAUUUUAAUUAUUUAACUACAGUUUAUUGGAUAUAAAACAAAUACAAACAUAAUGGAGGUAGAAUUCAGUAAAGAAGAUUUUAUUUUACCAGAAAUUAAAUAUGAAUAUUUGGAUCAUACAGCCGAUGUACAACUUCAUGCCUGGGGUGAAUCACUUAAAGAGGCUUUCGAACAAUGCGGCAUGGCCAUGUUUGGCUAUAUGACUGAAUUGGAUUAUGUGACCGUGCAGUCCUGCUAUCAAAUCGAAGCUAAAGGUGAUGAUGUUGAUGGUUUACUUUUCCAUUUUCUCGAUGAACUGUUAUUCCUUUUCUCCUGUGAACCCUUUUUGAUUUGCAAACGCUUAGAAAUCACUAAAUUUGAUUUAGAAACAUUUGAGAUUGAAUGCCGUUGUUAUGGUGAACCCUUUGAUUUGGAUAAACAUCCUCAGGGUACUGAAGUAAAGGCUAUUACUUACUCUGCUAUGCAAAUUAUACAAGAACCCGAAAAAAAUAACUACGAAUUAUUCGUAAUUAUUGAUAUUUAGGUUAAGUUUUCAUUACUUUUUUAUUUUAAGUAAAAUACUUGUGACUUUUUUAGAUUAAAUUAAGUACAUUUAUAUUUUAAACUAAAAUGUACCUAUACUGUUUUUAAAUUUUA